GAGAGAGAGAGAGAGAGAGAGAGAGAGAGAGAGAGAGAGAGAGAGAGAGAGAGAGAGAGAAGGUACGCAAAUGACACUCGAGGUUCAAAUGUCUCCCUGUUGUUAAUGUAGUGCACUAUCUAGGGCGUGAGCAUUAUCCUUCACUACAUUUGUGGAGGAAGUGUGAGAGCUUUUGAGAGCAACUUCCUGCUGAUUAUUUCCCUCUGGUUCAGACGCGAGUCUCUCGGACAUUUUAUUGUAUUUGUAAAGCGGAAGUUUUGCGCACGUUCUCUUUGGCGGCGGUGUUGGUGCCGGUGGUGCUGGAGCGCGAUGAUGUGAAAGCUACACGUCAGGACUCGGUUUACCCGAGAAGGUCUUCACCUGGUCACACGAUCAGAGUCACCUUCCCGGACUUGGACACUGUGUAGUCUCUGUGUCUCUUUCUCUGUGUCUCUUUCUCUUAGUCAUCUAAUAAUGGAUCAUCGACAUAUAUUCGAUACCCUGGGGACAGUGUGUGAAGAAUCCAUCUCUGCCAUCUCUAUGCAUUCGAGUUUGCUACAGAAUGAUGCCACCAGUCAUCUGCUGGAAACAAUAAGAUGCAUUCAUGAACAUGGGCAAGCUGUCAGUGCUCUGGUCAGUGGCUUUGCUGCUGUGUAUCACCAUUUUGAUUUUAGCGCAGAGACACCUGCAAAUGGCUACCGCACCUUGGUCAAGGUGGUUCUGUCCUGUGUGCUCCAUAUAAUCCAGAAGGGCCGCUACAUCAUCUCCAACUGCGGGGGGAUGUUUUUCCGUGUGGAGCACAAUGCCUGCGAGAUGAAGGCGUACUGUAUAGCUCUCUGUCAGCUGCGUGCACUGCUUUAUCUGGCGCAGCGUUUACUCAACAAUAAUGCACACGGGCAGCUCCAUUCACUGGAGGAUGAAGAUCUGAGCAAGAGGUUCAUCAACGAGUACACGUCUAUGCACAAGGCCUGUUUCUAUGGCCGUUGCCUGGGCUUUCAGUUCUCUCCUUCUCUCAGGCCUUUCCUACAGACGGUGGUCAUCAGUAUGGUGUCAUUCGGGGAGAACUACAAGAGACAGCAGACUAGAUUAGGCAGGGCAGCGCUCUCUGUCAUUACUUCUGGGAAGUACGUGGUGGAUCCUGAGCUGAGGGGGGCAGAGUUUGAGCGCAUCACUCAGAACCUGGAUAUGCAUUUCUGGAAAACCUUUUGGAACAUCACUGAGACAGAGCUGAUAUCAAGUUUAGCGAGCAUCAGGUCACAUUCUGUGCAGAUGAAUUUGACUCUAACGAUUCCAGGUGAGCCACUGAGUUUACCUUUAGCUGCAGAUACGAGUCUCACUGUCACAGUGUCACCUCCCAUUGCUCACUGGGGGCCGGGACCCGUUCAUGUACGCCUCAUCUCUCACAUGCUCCGCCAGGGACAGGAUAGUCCUGAGUUGAUCUCGUUCUCUCGGUCUGAUGGAUCUCAGCUCUCUUUUCCUGCAAGCUUAAGGCCACAGAGUGGCCCUCUCUCUCCAUGGCUCCUCAUCCACUUUCAUGGAGGUGGAUUUGUGGCCCAGACCUCGAAAUCCCAUGAAAGUUAUCUAAAAAGCUGGUCAAGGGAUCUGAAUGUGCCUAUUCUCUCAGUGGAUUACUCUCUGGCUCCUGAAGCCCCCUUUCCUCGGGCUCUGGAGGAAUGUUUUUAUGCUUACUGCUGGGCGCUAAAGAACUGUCACUUACUGGGCUCGACUGCGGAGCGAGUGUGUCUAGCAGGAGACAGUGCUGGUGGGAACCUGUGCAUCACGGUCUCAAUGAAGGCCAUGUCUCAUGGAGUACGAGUCCCUGAUGGCAUCAUGGCUGCCUACCCGGCGACGCUCCUGACAACCGACGCCUCACCGUCACGGUUUCUCACGCUUAUCGACCCAGUGCUACCUCUUAGUGUGCUUUAUAAGUGUGUCAAUGCAUACACUGGUAUGGAGGGGGUGGCGGUGCAGCCCAGGCAGCAGCUGGACAGUCUGAGCGCUCUGGGACGGGACACUGCGCUUCUUCUUGAGAACAUCACACAAGGAGCUUCAAGCUGGCUGCAGUCGCUGCUUGACCGCACUCCUACAUCACCCGCUAGAUCGUCCGGCGGUUAUCGGAAUGCCGUGACUCAGUCUGCGGACAUUCUGCAGGGACCCAGGGAAUUCCCAGAAGGCUUUGAACCACUGCGCUCAAGGUGUCUGGCAGAGAUUCAUACCCCUUGUACUCCUAUCAUGAAGAACCCGUUUGUAUCUCCUCUACUUGCACCUGACAACCUUCUCAGGGGACUGCCACCUGUACAUCUAGUGGCUUCAGCUUUGGAUGCUCUGUUGGACGAUUCUGUGAUGUUUGCCAAAAAGCUGAAGAGCAUCGACCAACCGGUGACCUUAACCGUAGUGGAGGACAUCCCACAUGGCUUCCUCAGCCUAUCACAUCUCUGCAAAGAGACUAAGGACGCGUCAGAUAUUUGCGUAGCAAAAAUCAGGGAAGUGUUUGAGCAAAACACACCACAAUAAAUCUCUUAUGGAAUUAGCCUAAUUAGCACAAGUUAUAUAGUCAUAUGAGAAGGAACGAAGUGGAUAAGUAAUUUUGGGGGGGAAAAUUUGUUAAAAAUUCUCCCAUUUUUAAACAUACCUGAUCGUGGCUCACUUUAAUGUUGUGACUUGAAGUUGUGAGGUCAGGAACUUCAGCACUGUGAAAGCACUGCAAUACAGAGACUGUGUUUACUGUGUGAACAUCAGAACAAACUAACAUAUGUUCUGUGUUUUAUUUAUUUAUUAAUCUUCGACAAAUUCUCACCAAGUGCCUCUUUGGUCAUUUCAUGCAUAUCUCACACAGCUGUAGUGGAUGCUCUUCUGCUGCACCACUAAAGAGUCUCUCACAUACUACUAAGCUUUAAACUGAUAAAUGAUCUUCUGUGAUUGGAGGUCAUUCGCAUCCUGAAAAAAUAUAAUAAUAAUAAUAAUAAUAAUAAUAAUAAUAAUAAUAAUAAUAAUAAUAAUAGUACUAAUAAGCAUAAGAUGUCACGCCAUCUGUGUGGCCUUGUGAGCUUACGUAUUUGCACAUAGUUUUAAACUUUCAAAAAAAAAUUACUUGGGCCUCAAGUAUCAAGAUGGUUUACACAAGAAACGUGGUAUUCAUUAAAAGCCUUGUAUGAACUAAUAUGAACCUCAGACUGAUCGACUUCAGAUCAUAUCAUUAGCAUCGAUUACUGCACUUUUAUAUAUGCAAUAUAAUAAUUAAAUAUAUUUGAUUCACUUUUUUUGUGUGUGUGUUUACAACUUUUUGCAGAUGCCCUUCGUUCAGUAAUACAAGUGCUUUGGCAUUUCGAUCACAAACACAUCCUCGUGCUAGUUUGUUAAGUCAGGGACAAAGAGCAGAGUCAACAACAUUGUGUGAAAACAAAAGUUUUUUUUAUGAAUGGCACAAAGAUUUAAGAGUUUAUUUUCCUAUUGAACAAGAAAAUAUAAGAUGGGAAUUAAAAAUGUAUGGAAUCAUUAUUAUUGCAAAUGCAAGAAACACGAUGAUGCAUGUAUAAAAUAUACAGUAAACAUUCAGCUGCAUGUGAAAAAAUAAUGUGAGCCAACACAAACCCAUAAAUGACCCAUAAAUGAGUAAUUGAGUAAUUAAAUAAAUGAGUAAUUAAAUUAUGGAGAGAAAAAAAAGAAAGAAACUGAGGCUGUAAACUGUAAACAAUGCCUCCUGUCUUUACCUUUACUUCUUGCUCCUAUCUGCAUUUGGAUAUUACCUUUUAUGGAAUUUGUGGGUGUCAAAUAUGCAAAUGAGUGAUGACAGAAACUACAGGUAAUCGGCAUACACAAACACAUAUGAGCUUUUCUUCAUUAGUUUAGCUUAUGCAGAUUUAAGGUCAUUUUAAUGAUUUAAAAUGAGGUCCAGAUUUUUUAGAGCAUUUUGCUAACGUUUCCUGUUCAGAAGUGUGUGGUGACACCUAAAGGAUUGAUCUCGUUAUCUUUGAAGGCCUCUGAUAUAAUAGUGAUGAAUCGUUGCAUUGUGGAAAUCUGAUAUCAAGGCUUUUAAUUUUUCUUUUCACUAUUUUGGCUGUUAUGGAGUUCAGUAUAAAUAAUCUCUGUGGAUUUUUCUUUUUUUGUGGAUUAUUAUUAAUGUAUUAAAAGCAAGAACUCAGUAGGUGCUUAAAGUUUAAAGAUGGUGUUUAAGUUUGAUAUAAUUGACAUUAUUUGGAUGAAUUCGUUUCAUAUUUUAAAUGUUUUACAUGUGCAAAAAUAAUCUGCAUAACCGAAGGUUUUAGUGCACAGCUGCUCACAAAUGCAGUGUAUUUUAAUUUCUUAUCAUUUGUCAGUAAUUCGACUUACUUCUAUUUCUUUGGAGUGUUUCAAAUUUUCAGAAAAUGUUUCUCACAACUGCUGAGAUGUCUCGUGUCUAAUAAAUAGUUUUUUGGACAUUA